AUGCUUAGACGUACUCUUUUCAACACUAAAAGAGGGCUGGCUACUGCCUCUCCCCUUGUCAUCAAAAAUGCUCGUAUUCAAGCAUCUGUCAUCUUGUCACGCACACCUCAAAUCACCCGCGAUGCCACUCCAUUCGAGCAAGCUUACUUUGACUACCGUGAAAAACUUGAACGUCAAGAAUCCACAGCUACACCUACCGAAUUCUACUUUAAGAAGGGAUCUGUUGCAGAACGCCGUUGGAAACAUGAGGAGCAAGCUCGUGCUGAGGCCAUGAAGGACAAUGUCUCUUCUCUCACUCAAGCCGUUCAGCAAUCACAAGCCACUUGGGAAAAGGAGAAUGAAGGAUUAGCAACCACUACAAAAGCAGAUAAAGCAGAACGCACAACAAAGGCAGAUGCCGAGAACAACAAGCAGAGCUUAGAUCGUUGUCUACAACGCACUUUAUAUCUUGUUGUAAAGAAAUCAGGCAGCGAACCCUGGCAAUUCCCUGAGGGUGCUGUGGAUGCAUCAGAAUACUUGCACGAGGCAGCAGAACGUACGUUGAAGGAGGAGUGUGGUUCAGAUAUGGAUACCUGGUUUGUUGGACGUCAACCUAUUGGCAUUUAUAAACAAGCUUCAACUAAGGGACAAGAGAAUGGCCUCAAGACAUUCUUUAUGAAGGCCCGUGUAUACGCUGGACAAGUGAGACCUAGCAAGCAAGUCAGUGAUUUCGCUUGGUUGACAAAGGAAGAGUUAUCAGAAACUCUUUCUCCUGAAUACUACAAGGCUGUCAAGGAUAGUUUAGGUGAUCUUUAA